AUGUUCGGACAGUGGGCGCAUCCGGGUAUUCCACGGGUUCCUCCCCGAUGCCUUCACCGGGAAAGAACGACCGUUGUUCUCUCUGGCGGCGGCGAGGCCGACAGGAUGGACGGUUCCGGCGAUGAAGCUGCGGGCUCGCCUGCGUGCGCCGUUCGGGCGGGGACAGUGCUGAAGAAUGCCCCGCUGGCAGUUCGCUCCGACUCAGUCUCGGACCGAAGAAUGGAGCGAAGGCGGCCGACAGCCCUCAAGGCUCCGACAGAGAAGCGCCCGGCUGUACAGGGCGGAGAUCGAGGCAAGGGAGAAGAGCCGUACUCGCAGACGCACCCCUUCUUUCCAGGCAGCGUGUACCGGGAGGGAACGUGCCAAAGUUUUGGGGCCUGUUUUGGGGGUCAAGAAAAAGCGGAGAACGGGGAUCAGACCUUCGAGGACUCGGAUGCGCGUGUGGAAGACGGAACCGAAGGAGAGUCGAGAGAUGGGCGGGAGACGCCCGACGCCGCCGCGUUGCUUCUCGAACUUGUGGCGAAGGAGCAAGAACUCCUCUCUCUGCAACAAGAAAAUGAGCAACUUCGCGAGGACCUCGCAGACGCCGCGAGUGACGGUGAGGCGGACCUUGGCCAGUUGAGGGCGCAGUUUGCUCUCAGGCUGAAGGAGCAGCAGGAGGCGGCCGACGCCGCUGCGACCCAGUUGGUGCGGGAGGUCGAAGCAGCGCGUACGGCGGCUCUCGAGGCAGAGCGAGGGCGGGAGGCUUUACAAGCGGAGAUGCUCCGCGCGGAACAGGCGCUUUCGCGCUUGAUUCAGCAGGUCGAUGCCUCUGAGAAGACCGAGGCGCGCCUGAUGAAAGAGGUGAAGGAUCUUCGCAUGCAUCAGUGCGAAAUGGAAGCCGCGCUUGGGUUCCAGUUGGAGACCGCGCGGAAAGAGGCGGCGGCGCUUCGGGAGGAAAAGGAGGCUGCCGAACAGCGCUAUCGGCGCUCGAUGGAGGCCGAGUCCCACAUGGCCAGCGCGCUCUGCCAGGUACAGGAGCAGAAGCGCACUGUCGAGGUGGAGCUUCGUCUCCACGAAGUUCGCCAGUUCGAAGCAGAGAAGUUCAGGUCCGAACAGGUCGAGCGGAAGGAGCAGUUGCAGGCGCGGGAGACGGAUGCCGGAUGGCAGGCCGAGCGCCAGCGCCUCAUGCGCGACCGAGCCGAGGAAGAAAAGAGACUUCGGGGGUUGCUGAAGGCUGCUGACGAGGCGUUAGCGCGCUGCAGACAGCGGGAGGAGGAGCACGAGCAGGCGCUUCAGGCAAGCGCAGAGAAGGAGGCGCUGUUGAAUCAGGAAGUGACGCGGCUCCGAGGGCGGCAGGGCGCACGCGAGAAGGAACUAGGCAGGCAACUCGAAGCUGCUCGGCAAGAAGUUGCGAGCCUCGAAAGUGAGACGCAGCUGCUGAAGCAGACUCUGACGGAGCGCGAGGCACUGGAGAAGAACUUUGCUAGCACCGUGGAGAGGCUGCGGCAGGAAGUCGCCACGAAAGUUGCAGCGCUCGACAGCCAGAAAGCCACCUUCGAAGCUGAGCAGGCUCGGCUGCGCGACCAGCAGGCGGAGGCUGCGACGCAACUGGCGAAAUGGAUGGAAGCGGCAGAGAGCACUCGCCGAGAACUGGCGGCGGUCAAACUCGAGCAUGCGAGCAAACAGAGAAACCUCCAGGAGCAGCUGCAGGCCGCCGAGGCCGCCGCCUGUCAGUUGCGCGGUCAAGUUGUCCACGCUCAGCGAGAAGCCGACGAGAUUGCAGAGAUCUCGAAGCGACUGCGACAUGAAAUCGCGUCUGUUAACCUGCAGAAAGCGGAGGCCGAAUCAGCUGCUCGAGAACGGGUUUCUGCCCUCGAGACGCAAGUCGCGUCCCUGCAACGCCAGCGCGGUGAAGCGGAGCAAGAGAUGCAACGCCGGACGCAAAUCGAGGAUCUCGUACUCAAAGAUGUUGAGGAGAUCGUGCGGGCGAGAGUAGCUUCAGACGAACAGUUCCGCCAGCAAAUCGCCGCCCUCGAGGCCGAGCGCAGUCAGCUCCAGCGCGAGAUCCAGAAAGCUGAGCGGAGUGUCCGAAAGCAUAAGUUGGCGGAGACGGCGCUGAACGGUGAACUGGCUGACCUGCAGAAGCGAACAGCGGUUCAAGAAGAAAGGUGGCAACAGCGCAUUGUUUCUCAGGAGAAAGAGCUUGAGCGUCUUCGGCAGCUGACCGAUCCGCAGUGCCUCACUAAGCACACGCACUUUCGCAGUGACUCUGGCGGAGCGGAUGCUCCGGACGUUCCCUGUCGACAGGAGGAAGCCCAACAGGCGGUGCCUGUGGAGCCUCUCUUGCGCAACUCGUAUGAAGCGUUCACUGCCCCGGUGGAGGCGGCGACGCGCAGGCAGCACCUCGAGCCGCCGGAAAGGGAGGCAGGGAGUGUGCAGACGCAGCAGAGUUCGUCAGCGGACCGCAGGCAACAGGGGGCGGAUCUGCAUUGCCCCGACAGCCUUCGCGCUCGGGACUCCGUAGCCGAUGGCAGCCAUUCAGUCUGUCUCAGGCACACACGGGCACCGGAGACGCCGCGAACGCCGGGAGACGGCAACGGGUGCUCAGGAGAGGCAGUGGCAGCGGAAAGACAGACGCAGCGGCCCGACGCAGCUGGGGAGGAGACAGUCGCGGAGUGGAGAAGGGAGAGAGCGGACGAAGAUCGGUCGGCAGAAGAAGGAGGACCUUCGUCGGGUCCUGUUCCUCACUUGUGCAGGUCGAGGUCGACAUCGCCAGCGAGGACUGUGCCCACGGACCACGAGGCGUGGCGCCGCCCUUGGGGCAAACGAGCAGUUUCGCGGUCGUACUCGGAGACGAUUUACGCGGAGGCGGGUGCGUCACCUCUUUCGAGCAGUCGGAAAGCGUCGGCGAGCUUCCACCGCGCGUCCUGCGAAUUCCUUCAACAGGAAGUGACGCGCCUUUCGAAGGCAUACACCCGUGCGCGUGCGGCACUUGAAGAGGCGCAGGAGAAACGGCGAGGCGAUGGGCAGCGUUUGGAGUCCCUUCUUCUGCAGUUGGAGGACGGUGGCAGGGGUGUGCUUUGCGCGUCAACUGGAGGCAACGCUGCGGGACGCGUCCAGACGGCUGCCGGUGGAGAAACCGGCAGUCCCAAUCCCGAACAAGAACCGAUUACUGCCGAAGAGCUUCACUCUGCCGAUGGUGCUCAGGACGUGGAGGACCAGGAGGCGCUGCAGGACUUGAUGGGCGUGCUUGCCAACGAAAUCGGCUACGCGGGGCUCAGUGGAGGAGUCCUGCGUGCUGCAGUGUCAACUUUGAAAACCCUACUGCAGAGGAAAGCUGAGGGGACGGUGGGUGCACCCGGGAGUGGCGGCUCUGAAACCAGUCAGAGGCCUGACGCGAACUCUACCUUCGGCCUGUUCUAUCGGCACAUUCGGCGGCCUCCGGAGAAGGGAGAGCCGACAGAAUCUCCGGAGGACGACGCCCUGCGGGAAUGGCCGCCGUCAAAACCUGUCGAGCUCAGACAAGCCUCAGGGACCGGUCGUGGGGCCUUCGAAGACAAGAGUCCGGAGACUCAAGGCCGCAGUUUUGUGUCAUUGAGAGAUGGGACUUCGAGAGCACCAUCCGCUGCCAUGCAGCCAGCCGAGGGUCGGACCACGCCGAAAACGGUUCAAGACAAGUUCCCUUACGAGGGUAGUGACGCAGGUGGAUCGGAAGUUUCUUCGAAUGAUUAUUGUGGGUAUGCCAGCACCAAAUCUGUGGCGUCAUCGUGCGAAAGCUCUGAAGGCCUUCAGGAUUCCAUAUCCUGUCCCGACUUGCGCCUCGAAGAGGUGCGUGGCGAGUCCAGGAACGACGAAAGAACGGGCGAGCGUUCCCUGUCUGUAGCCGGUCUUCCUCCGACCCCAGAUGCCAGGUCGGCUCUGUCUGGUGCAGAUCAGGAAGGGACCUUUCGGCUCAGCGGAACGUUUGAACACACUGGCUGUUUGCACGAGGCGACGACUGAUGAUCCGACGACCUUAACUGCUGAGGCUGCCCCGUCGCAGCGUUCUGACCCGCUGGAGUCUCCGGGAGGAGCUUUGGUGCAGAAGCAAGUGAACCAGGCCAGCGGGGGAGCGGGACCGAACAACGAAGAGGCUCGUCAACCAGUCUCUUGCACAACUCAGUUCUUCUCCAUUGCAGACGAGUGCGUAGACUCGGUCGCUCUUCAGCAGCUGCUGCAUGAACGAGAGGAUGAAGUCGCCGCUCUUGAAGACGCGCUCGAACAGUCACAACGGAGAGAAGCCGCUCUCGUGGGCCGAUUGGCCGAGGCAGAACGGCUGCUCGAGACUCUGCAUCAGUGCACUGUUGCAGCCGAACACCGCGGCGGCUGGCCCGCGUCCGAGGCGUUGGCGGCCUUGCUCUCUGGUCCGCUGCACGAAGGCAGCAAUGCGGCGGAUCGACGCGCGCCGACUGUCCUCCUCGACAAUCUUAAUGGAACGGAAGAGACAGACGGGGUUGGACUGGACUGUUCAGACAGCAAGACGCACGCGCGUGAUGUUAGGUUCAAGGCACUCGAAACUGACAACGAGGCCGUCACGCCGCAGCCAGGUGCUACAGACACGUCUUGUGUGGAGACCCUUGCUUGCAGGGUGAGGUUUGUCGCUUCUCAGGAGCGGGGUGGUGACGCGAACGAUUGCAAGAGUGUGGACGACGUCUGCCAGCGCAAGGAUAAGUCGACAGUCGCGUACAGCGAAGAAACGCACGAACGGACUGCGGCAGACGGAACAGAAAAGAGUGCAAGCUGCAUCUUCUGCGGGCUGAAGGCAACCAAAGAGGCUGAUUUGUCUUGGCUUCCUUUGGUACGUCAGGCAUGGAUGAAGCUGGCGGCCACUCACCCGGAAGCCUGGCGCCGUCAGCAUCCGUUCUCCGUCGUUUCUUCGUUGGCAGCUUGUGAAGACCAGAUGCCCACAGAUGGACCUCGUGGGCGCGCUCUGCCAUUUCUGCCUGGAACGGCAGAGAGGCCAGCUACGGGUCACUUUUUUGAAGAUGACAGUCGCCUCGUUCUCGUCAUCCCCGCGCUUCCCCGUCAUUUAACGCUUUGUGCAGUGUCGGCUGAACACACGGCGGGCUCGAAUUGGAGGCCCGGUGUAAGUGGCCCACUGUCCGCAGAGCUUCAGUUUGUGCCAGCCUCGCAGAUGGAUUUGGAAUGCCAGAGUGUUCGGCCCAUCCCGGCAGACAGUUCGGAAGCUCUAGCAGUAUCUAAUUCCCAGGCCGACCACGCGGAGCCCUCUGGAGUUCACGGGACGCGUUUAUGUACAUCGUCGACCGCUGAAACUCUGCUCAGGUUGGAGGUCUGCAUGUCUGACAGGAAAUAUGGCGGCGAUCAGCCUUCUGCAUUUCUUUCGGUCGCCGUAAUGCUUCCGUCUGAAGACCCUCACGAGGACGAAAUUGCUGCUAUAAACAAUACCGGAGUCUGGGAAGAAAAGAAGGAAGCGAUUCCACUCCGCGUGUCCUUUGGCGAUAGUGGAGACAGUGAUGACACUUUAUUUCGCCUCCACAGGAAACAUCCCAGUGAAGGUGUCGUCGAGCCUUCAGGGGAUGCAUGGGAGUCGUUGAGGCCAAAUCUGGAGGAUGCUAAAAAUCUAGUCUACCUGCAGCACGUGGGCACACAGUUGUUCCUCGUCGUGCCCGGUAUACAACUGAUUGACUGCGCCUCCGAGGCAAGUCUCGCAGUUUUGGUGCGUCGGGCCAGAUCGGCCAACGCCUUCUGCGCUUCGAACCUCACGUCACUCAAUCCCUCGGGGCAGCCAAAGAGGGAACGCGGAGACGAUCAGCCCAUGAACCUGACUUCAUGUUGUUUUGUUGGAACUAAGAGACUCGCUGACGCAACUCCUUUCCUGCUCGUAUCACCCGCGGAAGUGGCAGAGAGAGAGGCUGUCCUGGACGCAGCGACUCUUGUAGGCUCCCCGGGUCUAACGAGUCCGGCCUGUCUUCCUUUCGCCUCUCUCUCUACUCAUCUUCGGGAAAUAGCGCCGAAGGGACUGUUCGAUUACAAGCGGUGUCGCUCCUCCGAUGGAGCACCUCGCCCAGACUCGGGCAAAGAUUCUGGUUUGGGUACCGGGGACUUUGAAAGAGAAAAAGACGACUGGGUCCACGUGGGGGACGUCCCUGGUGGAGAGCGCCGAUAUCGAGGGCAUUCGGGUUGUCAAGGGGAAGAAAUGUGGAGUUUAUGGUGCGGCGCAGUUCUCUAG